CAUAUUAAAAGAGAAUGGAAUUGGAAGAGUUUCGCGUGUGUGCCAAAGAACUCGUUGACUAUAUAGCGGAUUAUUUUAAAUACAUUCACGAAAAACCUGUAUUUUCUGGUGUUCAACCUGGAUACAUCAACGAACUUAUACCAGACGAAGCACCUAAUAAUGGUGAACCAUGGAAGAAUAUAUUUAAUGAUCUUAACAGAGUCAUCAUACCUGGUAUGACUCAUUGGGCAUCUCCACAUUUCCAUGCAUACUUUCCAUCGGUUAAUUCUUUUCCAUCGAUUUGUGCAGAUAUGCUCUCUGGUGCACUUAACUGUAUUGGUUUCAAUUGGGCUGCGAGUCCAGCUUGCACCGAAUUAGAAAUGAAAAUGACUGAUUGGUUAGGUAAAUUGUUGAACUUGCCCGAAGAAUUUCUAUUCUGUUCGGGAGGAAAAGGAGGAGGAAUUAUACAAGGUUCCGUAAGUGAAUCGACAUUAUUAGCAUUGCUUGCAGCUAGAAAAUUAGUAACUUCAGUUAUUUUGAAAGAUCAUCCUAAUCUACAUCCCUCACAAAUUUAUCAUAAAUUAAUUGCGUAUACUUCUAAUCAGGGUCAUUCUUCAAUCAAGAGAGCCGCUUUAUUUACUGAUAUAACAUUGAGAUAUUUGAAUACUGACGAAAAGUAUGGUUUAAGAGGAGAAACUUUACGAAAGGCUAUCGAAGAAGAUCUUAAAAAUGGUUACGUUCCUUGUUUUGUGGCUGCAACGUUAGGAACGACGAGUUCUUGCGCCUUUGAUAAUUUACAAGAAAUAGGAGCAAUAUGUAAAAAAGAAAAGUUAUGGCUUCACGUGGAUGCUGCUUACGCUGGUGCCGCUUUAAUAUGCCCAGAAUUUAGAUAUAUAGCUAAUGGAAUGGAGUACGUUCAUUCAUUUACUAUGAGUCCACAUAAAUGGAUGUUGGUGAAUUUCGAUUGUACCGUCAUGUGGAUUAAAAAUGGCGCAGAUCUAAAGGAAUUGUUUGAAGUUAAUCCGCCAUAUUUGCGUCACGAAAACGAAGAGAAAGUUCCGGAUUAUAGACAUUGGCAAAUACCAUUGGGUCGAAGAUUUCGUUCUUUAAAGUUAUGGUUUGUACUAAGAAGUUUUGGAAAGAAGAAAAUACAGGCUAUCAUAAGAAAGCACGUCUCUUUAGCUCGAGAAUUUGAAAAACUAGUUUUAAAAGACGAAAGAUUCGAAAUAUGUGCUCCUGUCGUUAUGGGUUUAGUCUGCUUCCGAAUGAAGGGACCAAAUGUUAUCAAUCAAAUGUUAUUGAAGAAGAUUAAUGGAAAGAGGAACAUUCUUCUUACUCCAACAGAAUUAUCUGGCAAAUAUGUCAUACGUUUCGUAGUUUGUUCGAGAAACAUAACAAUGGCAGAUAUUGAAUAUGCUUGGAAAGAAAUUAUAAUGGUUGCAAACACAUUGAAUAUUAACAAUGGAGAAAAUUUUGCUUCGAUCAAAGAAGACUAUAAUCAAACAAUUCAAUCUUCGUGGAAAUGUAGUACAUUAGUUAAAUAAUUAAGUAUACAUUUAUAACUAACAAUA